AUGGAUUGGUUGAAUGAGAACGAUGAACACUCGAUGGACAUUCUAAGGAAUGCGUACAAUCGCGAUAAGUCUGAUAAUUUCCCACAAACAUCCGAACAUACAAAAUUCUCAAAUUCAGUUGUUGAUGUGUUCACACAGCUCAAUGAAGCACUUAAAUUGCUGAAACAGAUGGAUUGUCCAAAUCCGGAAGUAUUUGCGGAUAUGAUGAAACGUUUCUCGAAGACACUCAACAAAGUGUUGUUGGCUUAUGCUGAUAUGGUACAGAAGGAUUUCGGUAAAUUUGUCAGUAAUGAGAAGUUGGCGUGUAUAUUGAUGAAUAAUGUUCAGCAACUCAGGGUUCAACUAGAAAAGAUCUAUGAAAAUAUGGGUGGACCCAAUCUGGAUCCGGCCGCAAACACGGUUCUGACGAAUCUGCAGAAGAAGUUGAACGCCGUACUCGAUAAACUCGCCGCACAAUUCGCUGACAGUUUAAUACCGAAAAUCCACGAGCACAUGAAUACACUGGCUGCUAUUCUGUGCAGAAUCAAGGGACCACAAUUGCAGAAGAGUCAGCUGGCUGGAGAGGUUGAUGCAGUGCUGGAGCCAUUGAUGGAACUUCUUGAAGACAAACUGCAGCAGUACGCUUCACAGUGUGAAAAAACAGUUCUGAAAUAUUUGCUGAAGGAGCUAUGGAAGAUCACAAUAUCGAGUAUGGAGAAAAUUGUUGUGCUGCCACCACUUGAUAAUAAAGCGCUUCUGAAGCAAUUACCAAACGCAAAGAUCGGUGAUGUAACCAAGUUGAUGUCGUCGCAUCUGAAAGAUGUUAAAAGCAUGAGUUCAGUCAAGGAAAUGAUGACUAUACAAAAAAAAGAAAAUAUCGUUUUGGAUGAACGCUCGUUUUGUUUCAAGGAUAUGGCACGGGAAUGUGAGCGUUCGUUAACACCAAAGCAAUGUACAGUGCUAGACGCAGCGUUGGAUGCCAUCAAGGAGUGCUUCCAUGCAGGUGGUCAAGGCUUGAAGAAGUCCUUCUUCGAGAAAUCGCCCGAAUUGCAAUCGCUCAAAUACGCACUUUCACUAUACACGCAAACCACUGAGCAGCUCAUCAAAACGUUCAUUACGAGUCAAAAACAACAAGGUGUCGUCAUUUUUGCUGUCCUUUCAGCCUUUCUAAAGUGUCUUGUAAGUCAAAAUGCAGCAGAUACGAAUGAGCUGUCGAAACUGAGCCCUCUUGAUUAUCUCUUGAAUGAGAUCAAACUUUUUCAAAGAUUUUGGAUCGACGCGUUCUGA